GGCAGAACAGAAACAGAGGAAAACAGGCUGUGGUUUGUGAGUUCACAGAUAGUUUCCUGGUCAUUUUUCACACACAACACCCUCAACAUCACAUGAAGAGAGUAACACACUGUCCGUCAGCGCUAGUGUUUGAUUCUCAUCACCAGAGACAUAUAACUGUACUCUCCACUGAGAGAAGAGAGCAGGAUUCACAGUAUUACUGAGAUCUGACUUCAACAAGACAUUUGAGGAACUUUUCUGAACUCAACCGAAGAAGAAAUGAAGUUCACAUUCAUGAUUUCUGCGUUUCUACUGACGGUGAGCAGUUCAGUGCCUGUGUAUAUUGCAGUGAGAGGAACAGAAGGAGAACAAGUGUUUCUGAAUUGUCCUUAUGCUGAAGGAUAUGAAAACUCAGACAAAUACUUCUAUAAAGGACCUUACAGAGAGAGGAAGCUUCUCCUAAAAUCAGCUGGAGGACAGUCAUCGGUGUCUGAAGGCAGAUUCUCUCUGCUGGACGAUCAUCAGAAGAGAUCAUUUACACUGACCAUCAGAAACCUGAGUCUGUCAGAUGCUGGAGUGUACACCUGUGCAACUGGAUGGAACGGAGAAAAUAAACACAUCCAGCUGAACGUGAUCAGAGCUCCACAGAAAACAAGACCUGACCAGAUCUCAACCAGCACCCUCCACUCGUACACACACACCAGCACAGUGACACCUCGAACAGGAAGAGAGACGACAAGAACAAUGACAGGAAGUACUUUAGUUCAACUCGAUCAGCUAAACACUGAGCGCACAAACUACACUACCCAUGAUGCAACAGUCCCAGUACCAGUUUUAUCAUUUGGUUCAUUUGUGAUUAUUAUCACUGCGGCUAUGGUUUUACUCCUGAUAGGACUUCCAUUGAUUAUAGUGACUGUAUGGAAGAAAGAGAAGAAUAAAGGUCUGCUGUCGUCCUCCAUCGUAGAGUUUAAUCAGGUGAUUCAUGAACACAUCAAACACGCUGGACGUCACUGUAAUCCAGAGGACAGAGACACAGAAACAACUGUAGUUUACAGCUGUGUUUCCUGAACUUGUGUCAUGUGACUCUACAGACCAUCAGUGAGACUCGAGCAUCUCUUCAUCAACUCCACAACACAGACCAGUUCAGUUUAACUAAUGUAAUAUAACAUCAUAUAUCAUAUGAGACUAAAUAUGUACAGAAUAGCAUCAUGGAGCAUGAUUUUGCAAGCACCUCUAAUAUAAUUAAUCUAUGAGCAUGUUCAGAACCAAGAGAAAUCAUCUUCUUCCUUGUCAUCAUUUUCAUGAUUUUACAGAAAAUCUGUCAUAAUUGAGUUAAUUUUAUUAAGUAAAUUUGAUAUUUUUUUCAUUAUGUUUAUUAAUGUUAUAUUUGAUACUUGUAUGUCUACAGCUGACAACAAACAUGGAUAAUUUGAAUUUAUUAAUUUCUGAUGUUGAGUCUUACAUAGUUUGCAGUUUAAUGGACGAACUAAACAAUGCUAUUCUGGACUGCAGUGUAUUCUGAUAUUUCUGUCUGUGCAUUAAUAUAUAGCAUGUUCUUGUCUUAUGUUCAUCUCAAGGUUUGUGUGGUUAGUGUGAUCUGUUCUUCUGCUGGUAGAUGCUGUAUCUGCACAGAUCUGAUACAGAGGAGCAUAUUUCUCCGCUGAUGGACAUUCAGAAGUAGAUUUAUAUUCAGAUAAAUCCUUGCAAGCAUCAUUCAAUGAAGGCUCCUAAAUUCAGCUGCCACUGAGAUGCUAAUGCUAACAAUUAGAUUUAUCAGAAUAUAACUAGUAGGUCUUUUUGCUUCAGUUAAACAUGAGAUGUGUGCAGCAGUUAGUUACCAAACAGGAAGUUCAAUCAGAGCCACAGGAAGAGCUGUGAGGAUUCAGCUAAACACAGACUACACUUCCCACAAUGCAGCUCUUCUCCCAGGACUGACAUGAUGAACAAAGUAUGACUUCAAUAUACAAGUCAUAUUCUAGAUUAUUUCGUUUCUGUAAACAACAGAAUUUUUUUCAAUGAUGUCAUCCGACCCUUCACAGAGAGCUUGAUUGACAGGUGAUUUGACCAAUAAUAAUACAGUCAUUUUGUCUGACAAGCAAAUCAAACAAGAGAGUAGAUUAAGUUUGGUGGACUUAAACCUGAAACUUCGUGUGUAUUGACAUCUUUUCUGCUGUUGAAAUUAAAUACUCUCCAGAUGUUCAUUAAUGUUCAUGUUGUGUUAUAACUGAAAGCAGAAGAGAGGAUCUUGAACUGAAGCUCUACAGUGAUCUGUCACGACACAUUAAAGAGCCACAGACUGGUAUUUAUUGAUGACAUUACUAAUAAAUGACAAUAUGUGAAAGUUUUGCCUCAUAUCAGAAGUAAUUGUCUUGUCUGUUGGUGUGAUGUCAGUUUCCUCUUUGCUCUGUGAUGUAUUUCUGACAGCGUGAGAACAAGAGUGUAGUGUGAGAGCAGCUCGUCAGGCAUAGCAACAGUAACUAAGGAGGGAGGGUCUUUGAGAAGUGUCAGUUACCACAGAAAAUAACCAUCUGCUACUUAUGGUCAGUGUAUAAUUUUUUAUUUUAUUUUUUACUUACUAUUAUUCUAUAAUGUUAUUUGUCAUA